AUGAUAAUAAAGUGCAUGUUUUUGAACAGGCACCCCAUUCUUGUGUCAAUGGUUUCGUGGUUUCCUCUAUGUCAAAGUGAAAUUGACAAAAAUGUCAUUAUCCCUUCAUUAGCCUUUCAUUCAUAUCAUCGUGUUGUCAUGAAACUUACAAAAUUACCAGUUAUAAAAAAAACAGUAUCCCUCUCUGGCGCAUACACCCAUAUGAAAUAUUUACUCUUUAUGUCGGUCAUCACUGUAGCAUGUGGAAUUUUUGCAUUUAGCCUUUCUAAUCGAGAACAAGAGAUUUUUCUAAGCACCUACUCUACGUGCUUGAAGAGUUCCAAAGUGGACAUUGAACGUGCCCUUCAAACAGCUAGCGGAAUUAUCGACGACGAACCGAAACUGAAAGAGUUUCUUUUCUGCAUUAAUAAACAGAAUGGCGUUCAAGACGAAGAAGGCAACUUUGAGAAAAACGCAGUCCGGAAACGCAUUGAACAUCCUCUCCUGACCGACAAGAUAAUAGAAAUAAUCGUUAACAAGUGCACUAAGAAGCAAGAAACUGGCGAAGAAACCGCUUACCAAUUUUUGAAGUGCUCGCACUCUACCAUCAUGAACGAGAAACAUCAAUAAAGAGGUCUUUGCGCAACAGUUAUCGACGUCCUGAAGGACCUGAAUAGCGCCCCCGUCGCAUUCACAGGACGCAGGGUCAAGGUUAACAGGAUUGUUCAGCAAAAUGCUGAUUGUAAACACUGAUAAAUCGCAACUGUUCUAAGUUUGAAGAGGGAGAAAUAAACGUGUUUUACUUUUA